AUGGCCUAUGCUGAGGAAGACAGAAAUGGCUACGAGGCGUGCAGGGAAGCAGCAGAGUGGCUGCGUGCCCGAGCUGCGCGGCGGCCCAGGAUCGCCAUCGUCUGCGGCUCCGGGCUGGGAGCUCUGGCCGACGUGCUGGACAACAGCACAGCCUUCCUCUAUGAGGACAUCCCUCACUUCCCACGGAGCUCAGUGUCGGGGCACGUUGGCAGGUUGGUGUUUGGGGAGCUGAAUGGCCAGCCCUGCGUGUGCAUGCAGGGACGUUUCCACUCCUAUGAAGGCCGCUCUCUCAGCACGGUCACCUUCCCCAUCAGGGUGUUCUUUCUCCUGGGGGUGGAGAUCUUGAUUGUCACAAAUGCUGCUGGAGGACUGAAUCCCCACUUCCAGGUGGGGGACAUCAUGUUCAUCAGGGAUCACAUCAGCCUGUUUGGCUUGGGAGGGCAGAAUCCCCUGCGUGGACCAAACGAUGAGCGGUUUGGAGUGAGGUUUCCCUGCAUGUCGGAUGCUUAUGAACAAGACCUGCUCAGCCUGGCCAUGGAGAGUGCCCAGGAGCUGGGGUUCCUGAGCUUCACCAGGGAAGGAGUGUACUGCCUGCAGGCUGGGCCCAGCUACGAGACCAUCGCCGAGUGCCGCCUGCUGCAGGCGCUGGGAGCUGAUGCUGUGGGCAUGAGCACUGUCCCAGAGGUAAUUGUAGCCAGGCAUUGUGGCCUCCGAGUCCUUGGGAUCUCCCUCAUCACCAACAGAGCAGUGAUGAGCUACAACAGCCAAGAGAAAGCCAACCACGAGGAAGUGCUGCGCAUCUCGCUGGUCCGGGCUGCAGCCCUGCAGAAACUGGUCACACACCUCCUUGGGAAGCUGGGGGAAAGCACAAACUCUCUAUGACCUCCAGACAUUAAUCCUUCACGUGUGUGAACACUGCCAAGUGUUGGGGGAGAGCUGUUGUUGGGACUGUCCCUUUCUCUCCAGAUUUUAAAUAGACUAUUUGAUCUUUGUGCUUUGUCUGAUCAGGUGCAGAGGUUCACUUUGAAUUUUGCCAGGAUGACCCCCUCAUUCAUAGCCAGUGACCAAAACAGCUUACUGGCACUUCAACACUCUGGCACAUUCCCAAACCCCAGUGUCAGCAGAGCCCCAGAGACUGUGACCUCCAGCUGUCUCUCUUGGGACACCCUCCUGCCCCAAGUCUCUGCUCCCCAGGUCAAGAGUUGGUCAUGGGGCUUGAUCCUGCUUUGGUAGGACCUAGUCUGAAGCCAGAGAAAGAUUGAAUUUUGGAUACAUGAAAUGAGCCAGGCUAAAGAUGAGAUCUGCCUGGAGCAAACAAUGGCGCAGAGCAGGUGAAUUGCAAUUGAUUUUACAGCUUGGAAAACCACUGCACUGCUGUGGGGUUGUGUGACUUCCCCUCCCAGAAAGCCCACUCUUUCCUCAUCCUUGGCUCCUCAUGACCAGCUGCAGAGCUCAGCAGCUGUUUGCUACAAUGCAGCACAUCCCCAGCACUCCUCACAUCUCUCUAUUCUGUUUCAUUCCCCAAUUUAGCAGGACAUGAAAAUUCAGCUCAGUACAAGGCAUGGCUUACCUGUGCACCAUGUAAACAUUGCCAAGCUGGAAAUAGAAUCCAGGUCUAUCUCUCCCUGGUUUUGAUCAGUUUCUGGAUGCCUUGGAGACCAGUGGCUUCAGCACUGCAGACUGGUUUCCUGUUGGUGCCCAAAGACAGGGAGAUCCAUUUGAUCCCAUGUUUCACAUGAACUUUGCUGCUGUCCCUGCAGCAGAUUUUGGAGCAUCAAUGGUUUGUGGAUUUUAGCAAUGUGAAAUUACAAGGGAAAUAUUUUGAAACAGGUAUGAUAUUUCUCUUGGUCCUCUUACAUAAAGCAAAUGAGCCAAACAGUGAGUAAAGGACAAACAGGAGAGGUUCUCCCUUAGCAGUGUGCUGAUGGUCUGUCAAGAAAGGGGGAACAUUCACCAGAACAGUGCAUUAUUCAUUGUUCCUCAAAGGUCAAGCUGAGCUGUGGAUGCAGCUGGAUGUGAAACAGUGACAGUAAUUAUUAGAUAACCUUUUUCCCUUCAUUUAUCUUGUAGUUCUCUAUAAAGCCCAUCACUGUCAUAGCUAAAUGUUUUUAGUUGACUCAGUGGUCUGAACUGAAGACACGCAACCGGUCAUGGAGAGCUCCCAACCUGCCUUCCUAAAUUUAGCUGACCAGUUGUUUACCAUUGACACUUGCCCUCUGUCACAGCCUUCAGCCUUCCAUGACAUUUCUUCCAUUUUUUUCCAGAUGGGUAUUUGCUUGAAGCCUUUCAUGCUGCAAUUACUGGUGUCAGCUGCAGUAUUCAUGGUGCAGAUGUUGCCACCAGGAGGAACAGUUGUGCUGUGAAUGUUUUCCAUUAAAUGGUAGCACUUCAGGUGUAGGGGAGAUCUUGGGGUGGUCCCCUUGUCUCCUCCUGGGCAAUGUUACCUGUGGUCAGCCGUGAGAAAUGCCUGCCCAGCCUGGUCUGGAGGAUUUGUGGAAGGGAAGGAUGCAUUGCUCGUGCUUUCCCGGCAGACUCACUUGUUCAGCAGCUCCUGGCACUUGGAGGAGCCCUCAGAGACAGCAGCUCUUCCCAUUUUGUGGGUCUGACUGUCAGGACAGUCUCUGGGACCAGCUCUGGUGGUGAUCUGCAAAGGGAGAGAGGCUCCAGCUCCAUCUUUCACAACGCUGUUCCCUUUCCAGAUCAAGCAGGAGUGAAGUGCUUGUCAAGCAGGGAAAUAUGAAAAGUGGCAGAUGUGCAGAGCAAGAAGGAGCCACUUCUACCUGCUCCCUUUUCAGACUUGUCCCAGUAUGAGCUUGUUACAGGGCAGGGAGAGAGCAGAUAAUUUCCCCUGCCUAGAAAAUGGUGCUUCACAUUCAUCUAAUUAAUACUUGGUAAAUACAAAGUCUCUCAAGUGGGAGUGGAAGGCAGCUGUGCAGCUCGCUGUAGCUAGCAGCAGCCAGAGUAGCUAAGGCUGGG